GAGCACCCAGUGCCAACCUCCAGGCUGCCACUACUCGUUUCCCGUCAAUAUAUUCGACGUCACUACCCCUUAACUUGUGCUGCAGGACUCAGAUAGAGAUUUCGUCGAAACUGAUUGGAAUCCGCGAGCGGCCAAAAUCCAGGAACCUUCGGAUCCGGGUUCGCACUUGUCAAGGAGGGGGCCAGUGACUAGCAGACCUAGAUGGACGUGCUCGUCCACCACUGCUUACGCGAGCUGUCGUUUGAUGGCGACCUCGGAUGUAACGUCUCCCGUCUGAAAGAUUUCAUUGUCAACUACUACAGCAACUCUGGCGGUCCUCAGCAAGUUGUUGACGACACAUUCUGUGCAUUUGUUUGGUCGGUUGUCGUACAACAGCCGGCAGUCCGCGUAGGGGUUGUGCCUCCCGGGAUGGCAUCGGAAGUGUACGUUGCUCCACAGAUCAAGGCGAGGCGCCAGGCCGCUGCGGCAGGUGAGGAACUUGCAGAAGAUAGACCUUCUCUCCAGGUGAUCGGGGAUGCUCGCGGAAAGACUCUGGAAGAACUUAAGCAGCGGCAUGGAGAUGAUCUCCGGAUCACUGUCGAUCCUCAGACGUCCUUCGCUGCCAUAACUGGCUCUCACAUUAGGCCUGCAAAGCUCAGUGCUAUGGUAUAUAGCGCGUUGCAGUUAAUUACCCGGGGUCGGGAAGAAGGUAUCACCACCGUAGAACUUGGUCGCAGGACCAAGUACGAUCAAAAAACCUGUUUCUACGUCAUAAAGCAGCUGGUUGAGCUUGACCUGGUCGUCAAAGUACGCCGUGGCGGAGUUGGGAACUACACUUGUAUUCACAAGUACUUUGUUGAAAGAAGUCCUCUUUGGCAACAAAUUCAACGGGAAGAGGAUGAAGGUGAAGUCGUCAUCUCCGGAGCAAACAUUCAGCCAUCCGAUGCAAUUGACGAGGUUGGACCUACUGAUGAAUCGCCACAAAUUAUAUUCGAUCCCAUCGAUGGCAGACACCUUUCUAGCUUACACCUGGUAAAGAAUAGGGUCGUAAGACUACUCAAGGCGUCGAUAAACCACAUGCACGCUUCGAAUAAUUUAUUGGUAGCGAUCGGUUUCAACAAUCCAACCAAGACUGACCGGCGGUUUUUCCGGACCCGGUUGCGGGAGUUGGUCCAACAAGGAGUCAUCGAACGAGUUCUAGUUCCUCCUAGAAGGUCGACGGGCCGCGUGGUGAAGUGCAUCCGCUUGGUAGAGCCGGAUAGUAAACUCCCUGAAGGGACGCUUCUUGACGUUGAUGGAGACGAGAAAGAUGUGGAAUUUGGACUGCCGGAAACCUAUACAGAUUUGAAGACUCAUCUGACGAUUCACAAACAAGUAUCUGAUCUACUCGAAGAUGCCGGUUCAUCCGGGCUUACGUUGCAAGAAAUUUGCACCGCUCUAGGCAACUUUGACAAGCGGACCAUCGAAUUACUCCUCACACGUGCUGUUAAGGCUCCGCCGCCCUCUCACCUCCGCGAUUUGGGCACUGUAGACGUAAUGGAGACUCACGGCAGGGAACGCCGGCACAGAUACUUCACAAAUGCAACGUACAGGGCUGUUCUCACUUCAGAAAACCUUCAAGACGGCUCUGCCCCGCACAACGAGAUGGACUCUUCGCAUAUCGGAGAGUUUGCUGAGUGGGACCCAGGUCUUUUCUAUGGCAGCGACGCGGACUUCGAUUCGUCCGUGGCCUCCAUUUUGAAGAAGAGAAAAGCGCAGGAAGAUGGCGGAGAUGAAGUCUCCGUAGAGGAAACUGAAGCGCGCCCUACACCCAAGAGAGGACGUCCUCGUAAAGUUGCUGCGGUGGAUGAUUCUCGGUCCGAAGCGCCUAGGAAACGGGGCAGGCCUCGUAAGCAUCCUCUACCUGAAGAGCAGGGCCCGAGAAAACGGGGUCGGCCUCCGAAGAAGAAGCGCCGUGGCAGUCCAGAUGGGCUUAUGAACGUCUCAAUGGAAUUGGAUGGGGGAAGCAGUUCCGAGGAAUUGCCCAUUAGAGCGGGAGCCGCCGCUGCCGACUCCCCCAUGAAAGAUUUGGACCGUAGAGGGGAUGUGGAAGUGGUGUCUGAAGUACUUAAUGAGAGUCGACCUCUGGAGUCUGGCGGUAACGGGCCGUCGUCAAAAUCUCCUCGGACCCCAGUCAUGAAGCCGAGUGUGACUUUAGAAGUUCCUUCACAGUCCGCAGCACCUCAGGACACCAUUGAAGCAGUUCAAGCACUAACAUUUGGUUCCCACCAGCGCGCAGCGGAACCAAAGAUGGCGACUGAGGGGAACCUGCAAUCUUUGCAUAGUCCAAUAGGGGUAGCGAACGAACGAGAAACUGAAACUCAUUUGUUCGUUAGGGCUCAAACGGACGAAGGCGUCGUGGGAGGCGAGAGAAUAAAUACAAAUGAACGGCCGCCUACCUCUAUCGACACAGAGUCUGUCUCUAUUGUGGGGAUUCUCACCGUGCAAUCCUCCACGGCCCAAGCAUCAUCCGUAGUUCCCACUGUGCUUCAGCAACCAUGCGCAACUGAAGAAGACCCAGCAGGUUCGGGUAAGAAGCGAAAUGCCCCUUCCGCCGUGUCAGGUCGACCAGCUAAACGGCCAAGGACGGCCUCAAGCAGCAAAGCGCGUUCAGGUAUAAACCUCUCCGCACUUCGUCGCGAAAACGAGCUCUAUCGUGUCAUUAGCGAAUUGGGUGGUAUUGCCAACCUACAUACGAAGGAAAUUUAUGAGGCGCAUACUGCUUUACUGGACACUAUGACUCGAGAUGGAGAACCCACCAGCGCACCAGCAGGGACUCGUCUGGACAAACGUACCGCGGACUCCACUCUCAGAAGCCUGGAGAGCCAGGGACGCAUUAAAAUGCUGAAGACCUCUCUUAUAGUCGCAUCAGGCGCGAGCAAGCCCGCUUGCUUGCUAUAUCUUCCUGAUACUCCACAAGAGAGUAUCAACAACUACCUCCGGGAGACUAGCCAACCGACCCCAUCAACGUCUGCCUCACUGUCUAUGAAAACUCUGGGUGAACCAGUCGAGUUCGGAGCCGCCAGCCGCCGUGGGCCACAGCGUCCUUCCGGUUUAGCUGAAUCCAUCAGGGAUAAAGCUGAAGUUUCGGGUGACCGGUCUUCUGCUCUGGAUUUGCAGGCUUCAAUAAGCUCCCCACCUUUUGGGCGAAAACGACGGCACACUAAUCUGAAGGAGAAUACAGGCGCUGAGACGGGACCGGUUCUAUUGAGGCAAACCGAAGGGGCAAGACUUCUGAGAGUGGCAGAGUGGGAACAACUUCUGACCAGAGUCCAUGCCGAGCCAGUGAAAGGAAGGUUGGCAGCACGAAUACGUGCGCUUCGGGCGCAGUUCCUGCAAUCGACACUUGCCGACGACUUGACGCACUGGGAGGACAAGAUAAGGGCAGCCAUCGUGGAAAACGAACAGGCAAGGAAGGGGACUAUUGCAAGGCCAAAACAGUUGCCAGUCAAUUAUCCCAAGCCUGUAGGGCCACCUCCGUUGGUGGCCAAUCCCCCGGAGAAAACGAUUGCGUCCUUGAUUGCAGAGCAGGGGCCACCCAUUGUCCAGGUUACGAGUUCCGGAGGUAAAGGGAAGGAUAAGCAGAAAGAAGAAAACAAAGUACUACGGCGACCAAGAUUCCACUGGACUCGCGAGUUUGACGAACUUGCUCGUGACGCCUCUGCAAUCAUCCGGGCCCGUUGUCGAGAUGGUGUGAAGCUAGAUUUGUCUGCCUUUGACCAGGUCUUCCCAGCUGUGCCCCGGAACUCUGUUAGGCAGCGUAUCGCGCAUCUCAGAGAGAAUUCGGCACAAGAUCUUUACAUGAAACGCCUGGAGGAUCAAUGGUAUGCGAUGUGGACGCAGCACAGAGGGACGCCCCACCUCCCAGAUGACGAUCCAGAAAGUCCAUCGAAAUUCGACAUUAUGAACCACCUAGAAUUUCUUAGAAGACACGUCGAUAAGAAUGCAUUGCGAGUUGGAUUUGUGGAACAGGAGGCAGCAGUAAUGUUACCACGGACCACUGCAGAGCUUACUGAACUGUUCGAAGUCGAAGAGAAUCCAGUCACCUCCCCAGCAUGGGAUUUCAUGUGGAACUCUGCUGUGGAAGAAGGACGGGAAAAACAGUUUAUGAUACGUGCGUUUACCAAGGAACUAGAAACAGUUGCUACCGAAGUAAAGGACGAUAUCUUAGCUACCGCAGAGGCAGCGUUGAAGAUGGUCUUCGGGACUCCAAACGAGAUUUAUGACCCCGACAGCGGCGCUCGCAUUCUCCGUAGUGUUGGAAAGGAGCACGUAUUCCUUGCGAUGACUAACCUCUUAAGUCAAGGCGUCUUAUCCAAGCUUGUGCGGGAUCCAAAGAAACCCAAACCUGGUAGGACACUGAAGGUAUCUGAUAAUAAUUUAAACGUUGUCGGAGGACCCUUCCCUCGUGAAUUUUUUCAAGACGCAAACGCCUUGGAAGACAUCGUGGGAGAAGGAGAAGUCGAUGAUAUGGAGUGGUCCCUGGAGGCUCAUGAUGGGGACGUUGCGACACUGAUGCAGCUAGUGUCCGAAGAUCAGGUAGCUAGCGAGACUAGCUUCUAAACAGUCUAGCUGAUGAAUUGUCCAUCAGGUUUCCCUCCAAGUAGACACCACUCACCCUCGCUCUGUCCGCUCACGAAUUGACUGGAAUAGCAAGAGAGCAGGUAGAGGUCCUGUG